CUCACAAAUGUGGGAAUUAACCAAGCCUCCGUGAGCUUCAACUCGCUCACGAUGGAGUCAGAUAAAUUUAUCUGUGUGAAGGAGAAGAUUGGUGAUACAUCGCAGGUGGUCAUCAUAGACAUGGCUGACCCCACCAACCCCAUUCGUCGGCCUAUCUCGGCAGACUCUGCCAUUAUGAACCCUGCAUCUAAAGUCAUUGCCCUGAAAGGCAAAGCUGGUGUUGAAGCCCAAAAAACUUUACAAAUUUUCAACAUUGAGAUGAAGAGCAAAAUGAAGGCGCACACCAUGACAGAAGAUGUGAUUUUCUGGAAGUGGAUUUCUUUGAAUACCCUUGCCCUUGUCACAGAAACCUCAGUCUUUCAUUGGAGUAUGGAAGGUGAUUCUGUUCCUCAGAAGGUCUUUGACCGUCAUUCCAGUUUGAAUGGAUGCCAGAUCAUCAACUACCGCACAGACCCCAAGCAGCAGUGGUUGCUACUCAUCGGAAUAUCUGCCCAACAGAAUCGUGUUGUUGGAGCAAUGCAACUUUACUCUGUGGAACGCAAAUGCUCACAACCUAUUGAGGGCCAUGCUGCUUCCUUUGCACAGUUCAAAAUGGAGGGAAAUGCUGAGCUUUCUACCCUCUUCUGUUUUGCUGUGCGCACGGUUCAAGGAGGGAAGUUGCAUAUUAUUGAAGUUGGUCAACCACCUGCUGGAAAUCAGCCAUUUACCAAGAAAGCAGUUGAUGUAUUUUUUCCUCCAGAAGCACAAAACGACUUCCCUGUAGCAAUGCAGGUGAGCUCAAAGUAUGAUGUCAUCUACCUGAUCACCAAGUAUGGUUACAUUCACAUGUACGAUAUUGAAACGGCAACUUGUAUCUACAUGAACCGCAUUUCUGGAGAUACCAUCUUUGUUACUGCCCCUCAUGAAGCAUCUGGCGGUAUUAUUGGUGUCAACAGGAAAGGACAGGUCUUGUCAGUGUCUGUUGAGGAAGAUAAUAUUAUACCAUACAUCAAUACUGUGCUCAACAAUCCCGACCUGGCCUUGCGAAUGGCAGUCCGUAACAACUUGGCAGGUGCUGAAGAUCUCUUUGUUCGCAAGUUUAAUCAGCUUUUCCAAAAUGGAAGCUACACAGAUGCAGCUAAAGUUGCUGCUAAUGCUCCUAAAGGCAUUCUUCGAACACCAGUCACCAUUGCCAAGUUUCAGCAAGUCCCUACUCCUGCUGGGCAGACAUCACCUCUCCUGCAGUAUUUUGGAAUCCUUUUGGAUCAGGGACAACUCAACAAGUUUGAAUCUCUAGAAUUGUGUAGACCAGUGCUUCAACAAGGUCGUAAGCAGUUGCUGGAGAAAUGGCUCAAAGAAGACAAGUUGGAAUGCUCCGAAGAAUUGGGAGAUCUUGUAAAGCAGGCUGAUCCUACUUUGGCCCUUUCUGUCUACCUCCGUGCGAAUGUGCCCAAUAAGGUAAUCCAAUGCUUUGCUGAAACAGGACAAUUCAGCAAAAUUGUUUUGUAUGCCAAGAAGGUUGGCUACACUCCUGACUAUGUGUUUUUGCUCCGCAAUGUGAUGCGUAUUAACCCAGACCAUGGUGUGUCAUUUGCCCAAAUGCUUGUGCAAGAUGAUGAGCCACUUGCUGACAUAAACCAAAUUGUAGACAUCUUUAUGGAGCAGAACAUGGUUCAACAAUGCACAGCCUUCCUUUUGGAUGCCUUGAAGAACAACCGGCCUGCUGAAGGUCCUCUUCAGACACGACUGCUGGAAAUGAACUUGAUAUCAGCACCUCAAGUUGCUGAUGCAAUUUUGGGUAACUCAAUGUUUACUCAUUACGAUCGAGCCCAUAUUGCCCAGCUCUGUGAGAAAGCUGGAUUAUUGCAGCGUGCGCUAGAGCACUAUACUGACUUGUAUGAUAUUAAGCGUGCUGUUGUUCACACUCAUCUUCUUAGUCCCGACUGGUUGGUGAACUUCUUUGGGACUCUUUCUGUGGAAGAUUCUUUGGAAUGCUUAAAGGCAAUGCUGACAAAUAAUAUUAGACAGAACUUGCAAAUUUGUGUUCAGAUUGCGACCAAGUAUCAUGAGCAGCUGACGACCAAAGCUUUAAUUGAUCUUUUUGAGUCCUUCAAGAGUUACGAAGGUCUGUUCUAUUUCUUGGGCUCCAUUGUCAACUUCAGUCAAGAUCAAGAGGUGCAUUUCAAGUACAUUCAAGCAGCUUGCAAGACUGGUCAGAUCAAGGAAGUGGAACGAAUUUGCCGAGAGUCCAAUUGCUACAGUCCUGAACGAGUCAAGAACUUCCUGAAAGAAGCUAAACUUACUGACCAGCUCCCUCUGAUCAUAGUAUGUGAUCGCUUUGACUUUGUUCAUGAUUUGGUCUUGUACUUGUACCGGAACAAUCUUCAGAAAUACAUAGAGAUCUAUGUGCAAAAGGUUAACCCAUCAAGACUACCUGUUGUAAUUGGAGGCCUUCUUGAUGUUGAUUGCUCUGAGGACAUCAUCAAAAACUUGAUUCUUGUUGUCCGUGGUCAAUUCUCCACUGAUGAGUUGGUUGAAGAAGUAGAGAAGAGGAACCGCCUGAAGCUGCUUCUUCCCUGGCUUGAGUCCCGUGUCCAUGAAGGCUGUGUAGAGCCUGCCACCCACAAUGCGUUGGCUAAGAUUUAUAUUGAUAGCAACAACAAUCCAGAAAGAUUCUUGAAAGAAAAUCAGUUCUAUGACAGCAGGGUUGUAGGAAAGUACUGUGAAAAGCGUGAUCCACAUUUGGCUUGUGUUGCAUAUGAGAGGGGACAAUGCGACCGAGAACUUAUCAAUGUGUGCAAUGAAAAUUCACUCUUCAAGUCUGAGGCACGCUAUUUGGUCAGGAGACGUGAUGCAGAAUUGUGGGUGGAAGUUUUGAAUGAAAGCAACCCUUUUAAGAGGCCUCUUAUUGAUCAAGUUGUACAAACUGCCUUAUCUGAAACUCAAGAUCCUGAAGACAUAUCUGUCACUGUCAAAGCUUUCAUGACAGCUGACUUGCCUAAUGAAUUGAUUGAACUCCUGGAGAAGAUAGUCCUAGACAACUCUGUUUUCAGCGAUCACCGCAACCUUCAAAACCUCCUCAUUCUUACUGCCAUCAAGGCUGAUCGGUCUAGAGUAAUGGAAUACAUCAACCGUCUUGACAACUACGAUGCUCCUGAUAUUGCCAACAUUGCUAUCAACAACCAAUUGUAUGAGGAAGCUUUUGCCAUUUUCAAGAAGUUUGAUGUCAACACAUCUGCAAUUCAAGUUUUGAUUGACCAUGUUGACAACUUGGAUAGAGCUUAUGAAUUUGCUGAACGCUGCAAUGAACCAGCAGUUUGGAGUCAGCUGGCCAAGGCUCAACUUCAGAAAGGUUUAGUGAAAGAGGCUAUCGACUCCUUCAUAAAGGCUGAUGAUCCCUCUGCUUACAUGGAUGUGGUUGAGACUGCUCACCGUACAGAGAACUGGGAAGAUCUGGUCCGUUACCUUCAAAUGGCACGCAAGAAGGCAAGAGAAAGUUACAUUGAAUCUGAACUCAUCUAUGCAUAUGCCCGCACAAACCGUUUGGCCGAUUUGGAAGAGUUUAUCUCUGGUCCUAACCACGCUGAUAUCCAGAAAAUUGGUGACCGUUGCUUUGACGACAAGAUGUAUGAUGCUGCCAAGCUUCUGUACAACAAUGUCUCCAAUUUUGCUCGUCUUGCUAUCACAUUAGUUCACUUGAAAGAAUUCCAAGGUGCUGUUGAUGGAGCACGGAAAGCUAACAGCACUCGCACAUGGAAAGAAGUUUGCUUUGCAUGUGUUGACAGUGAAGAAUUCCGUCUCGCCCAAAUGUGUGGUUUGCACAUUGUUGUACAUGCUGAUGAGUUGGAAGAUUUAAUCAACUAUUAUCAGGAUCGUGGAUAUUUUGAAGAGCUCAUCAAUUUAUUGGAAGCAGCUCUGGGAUUGGAAAGAGCACAUAUGGGCAUGUUCACCGAAUUGGCUAUCUUAUAUUCCAAAUUCAAGCCUGGAAAGAUGAGGGAGCAUCUUGAGCUUUUCUGGUCUCGGGUCAACAUUCCCAAGGUAUUAAGAGCUGCUGAGCAGGCCCACUUGUGGGCAGAAUUGGUGUUCUUGUAUGACAAGUAUGAAGAAUAUGACAAUGCUGUCAUGGCCAUGAUGACUCAUCCUACAGAAGCAUGGCGUGAAGGCCAUUUCAAGGAUAUUAUUACGAAGGUUGCCAACAUUGAAUUGUAUUACAAAGCAAUUCAGUUUUACAUGGAUUACAAACCAUUGUUGCUGAAUGAUAUGCUACUUGUUCUGGCUCCUCGUAUGGAUCACACUCGAGCUGUGAACUUCUUCACCAAAACUAAGCACUUGCAGUUAGUGAAACCUUACCUUCGUUCAGUUCAAUCAUUGAACAACAAAGCAAUAAAUGAAGCUCUUAACAAUCUUCUGAUUGAAGAGGAAGACUAUCAAGGACUACGCACAUCAAUUGAUGCUUUUGACAACUUUGACAACAUUGCCCUAGCUCAAAAACUGGAGAAACACGAACUUACGGAGUUCCGCAGAAUUGCUGCUUACCUGUACAAGGGAAAUAACAGAUGGAAGCAGAGUGUGGAGCUUUGUAAGAAAGAUCGCCUUUACAAAGAUGCAAUGGAAUAUGCAGCAGAGUCCAAAAACCCAGAACUUGCAGAGGAAUUACUUGCUUGGUUCUUAGAGAAGGGUUCUUUUGAUUGCUUUGCCGCAUGUUUAUUCCAAUGUUAUGAUUUGUUGCAUCCUGAUGUCAUCUUGGAGCUUGCUUGGAGACAUAACAUUAUGGACUUUGCCAUGCCUUACCUCAUACAAGUUAUUAGAGAGUACAUUUCAAAGGUGGACAAACUAGAGGAGGCAGAAUCACAAAGAGCAACAGAGACAGAAGAACAGGAUCACAAGCCAAUGAUGAUUCAAGAAGCACAGCUCAUGUUGACUGCAGGUCCUGGUAUGAUGCCUGCUUAUAGCCCAGCUUAUUCCGCUGGUUAUACAGCACCUGGCAUGCCCUACCAAGGUUAUGGCAUGUAAAUACAAUUAGAGCUUGUGCUCUGCUGCCUGUGAUGGCUCUGUCCUUGACUUAGAUGGUAUAAAUGCUAUAUAUUGUAUAUUUGUGGUUGCAAGGCAAACCUAUAUAAAUCUGACAAUAUGUCUUAUAUCUGUUCUAAAAAAAACCUCCAAUGAAUAUUUUUCUGGUUACUUUUUUCUUUUCCAUCCCCAUAGAUGGUAGUGGAUAUGAACAAAAGUAAUCUGGUGUUUCAUUCCAGAUGCUGUAGCUAAGCGUGAGAGAUCUUAAUUUUAAGAAUGUAAUUGUGGCUAAUUGAUUUUUUUUUUGUGCAAUCUUUAUAAAAAUGUAAAUUGUUUUGAACAAUUGUGCACGCUUAAAUGAACUUUUGAUGCCUGUUAAUAACGGUGAUAGAUGUUAGUGAUGAGACCACCAAACGAAUUGUUUUAAUCUAAAAAUUGCUUUUAAGUGCUCAUCUGUUUUUACUUUUGCAUUUUGUUCUUAUCUAGACAGUUGUUAUUUAUUUGUUACUUUACCAGAGGAAGAGUACUAUGUAAAGAGAAAUUCAAAUUUAUGAAAGGCUUGCAAAUGUCGUUAGAUGGUAAGUGGUUAUUAUGCUUGUGCUCUCAUUUUAUUUAGCACCUCAGUAAAGAGUGGAACUAUUUUUAAUGUUGUUUUUUAACAGAAUUCAGUGUUCUGUUAUGUUGUUGGCCCAUUGUUGUAGAUAUCCGUACUAUUGUAUGUAAUCCAGUGCUACUUAUGUUUUGCAUCAAAUGUGUGCUGCUCUUCUGAAUCUAUUGUGAUCUAUGACACAUUAAUUCUUGUUUCAAAUGAAUUCAGCACUAGUGAUGUAAAGAAAUGAUUCUUGUAUUGUCCGACUGUAUCAAUAAACCUUACAGAGUAUUGUCGACCAAACAA